AUGUCAUCCACCGCACCAUUGGUCAGCGCGUCGGAGAGCUCGGAAGCUAAGACAAGACGGUCGUCGGAUCAGGGCAGCCAUGGCGUUGACGGCCACUACUACAUGGAUGCCCGCAACACCAACAACGUCAGCCAGAACAAAACAACAAGCGGCGAUGAGGCCGUUGGAGCACGUGACACGGGCUCGGAGCUGGACCCUCUGGUGUCGGCAUCGCAGCCCAGCGAAGACGGCGACGACGAGUACGCGGACGUUGUGCAGAACCUGGAGGCCAAGGAGGCGGCCUCGCAAGCGGACCCGGACCUGGAGCUGAUCAGAACCGGCACCAACGCCACCUCUGAAACGAGCGCCCGCAUCAACAGACGUGUGAGUAGGUUUCUCAGUGGGUCGCACAUGGAGCCCGAGAAGACAGGCAUCGAUUACUCGAACUGCCUGCCCAUGGGUGGCGACAGACCGUUCCCGCCCGUGUUGCCCGACCGUGAGCAGUUCGAGGUGGCUUUCGACGGUCCCAACGAUCCCCUGCACCCAUACAACUGGCCCCAUUCAAAGCGUGCAUUCCUGUGUGCCUUGCUAGGUCUCAAUGCUCUGAGUGUGGUGAUGGGAUCCUCUAUUUUUGCCUCCGCAGUGACCCAGAUUUGUGAGAUUUACCAUGUGGCCCAGGUUGUGGCUAUUCUCGGUGUCACUCUGUUCGUGUUCGGGUUUGCUGCCUCUCCGGUCAUUUAUGCACCUUUAUCGGAGUUGUACGGAAGACAGAAAAUGUUGAUCAUGUCUUCAUUUGGGUAUGUUUGUUUUACUUUUGCAUGUGCUGUGUCCAAGGACUUGCAGUCCAUCCUCAUCACUCGGUUCUUUGCUGGUUUCAUUGGCGCAGCUCCCUUGGCCAUUGUUCCUGCUUGUAUGUUCGACAUGUAUGACAACGAGAGUCGUGGUACAGCGGUGACUAUUUUCGCCAUGGGUGUCUUUAUGGGUCCCAUCCUUGCUCCCGUGUUCGGCUCGUACAUUACACAAUACACUACUUGGAGAUGGACUCAAUACGUGACUGGUAUGUUUGCCGGCGUGGUUACGCUCCUGUUGGCGUACUUCUACGAGGAAACGCAUCAUCCAACCAUUCUAGUCAAGAAGGCACGCAAGAUGCGUGAACAAACCGGCAACUGGGGUAUACGCGCCGCGCACGAAGACGCCGAGCUUUCGCUCAAGGACAUUGCACAAAAAACCAUUACCAGACCCAUUUACAUGUUGGUCACGGAGCCCAUUCUCUUUUGCAUCACUCUAUACCAUGCCUUCGUUUAUGGUAUCUUAUAUUUGAUGUUGGAAGCUUAUCCCAUCGUCUUCGAAGGCAAGUAUCACUUUUACAAAAAUGGAGAAUUGCCUUACAUUGCCCUUCUCGUCGGUAUGGGUGUGAACGCAGUGUACAACGUUUACGAAGAGAAAUUUUACAUCCGUCAAGUGCGUGCCAAUGACGGUAAGCCUCUACCGGAAGCUCGUUUGAGAACCAUGGUUAUCGCAGGUGUUGUGUUCCCCAUUGGUAUCCUCUGGUUCUGUUGGACAGGUAACUAUCCUGACAAAGUCCACUUUAUGGUUCCCACUGUUGCAGGUAGCUUUAUCGGAUUUGGUUUGAUCGGGAUUUUCUUGCCUUGUUUCAACUACUUGAUCGACUCUUACCUAUUUUUGGCUGCUUCUGCCAUCGCUGGUAACACGUUCAUGAGAUCUGCCUUUGGUGCCAGUUUCCCUCUCUUUGCUGGCUUCAUGUUUGAAAACAUGGGCGUUAAUUGGGCAGGUUUGUUGCUAGGUCUUUUUGCCCUGGCAAUGAUACCAGUGCCAUUGCUACUCAUGAAGUAUGGUAAGCAGUUAAGACAGAGAUCCAAAUUCGCAUUUGUGUUGUAA